AUGAAUGGGAGUCUGGAACAUCUCAACAACUCCGAAUGUGUGACUACAUUUACGCAGACUUUCGAGUCACAAUACGACAAACUGCUUCUUGUGACCAAUAAUAUGAGAUUCAAUGAUUCUAAGUAUGACUUUCUCGCUACGGGUCGCACAAAUAAUGGCCCAAAUGAUGAUAUUGGGAGUAUUUGGGCUUCAUACGAAUGGCUAUAUGGAUUAAGUUAUGUUGACAGAUCAUAUUGUCCCUUUGACAAUAGUGAUAUAUCCACCUUCAGAUCACAGAUCGCCAAUAAUAAUAAUAGUUGGUAUAUCGGUAGAUCCUCAGAAACUUUGGAAAUAAGGUGGAAGGUUGAGUAUUGUCUGGCCGAGAAAGCGUCUCAGUAUUGCAAGCUACAAUACUCGUUUCCUAUAACAAUUACUUUGAUUGCAGUGAAUAUCGUUAAGUCUAUGAUUUUGCUGUAUAUAUGGGUGGGCUUGUAUGAUCCCCCGAUCUUAACGAUCGGCGAUGCCAUUGCGUCUUUGCUUCAGCGCGAGGACAUAUACACACAAGGUGGCUGUCUACUCACCUGGAAAGAUAAAACGCGUCAAGAAAUCAAGCCUAAGCCGUUUCUUAGAAAAAAGAGACGAUGGGGCUCAGCUGUUUCCAUUUGGAAGUGGAUAAGUCUUAUAGUUCCCUGGGUUUGCGUUGCGGUCGCAAAUAUCUAUCUCUUGAAAUACGCAGAGAGUAGGAUGGGUCCUGAUGACAGUAAUUUCUGGGAACAAGGACUAGGGACCGCAGGCUCUGAAAACCUGGUGACGGGUACCAACUGGCCUAGCUCAUUUGUUCCUAUUGUCCUCAUCGCCAACUCUCCCCAAUUGAUCUUCUCCAUCCUCUACUUCACCUUCAAUGGCUUUCUGACCUCAAUGACUCUCGCGGCUGAGUGGAGCAAUUACGCCAUCCACCGCAAAGGCCUCCGAGUCUCAAAUAACCCGCGAUCAUCCCAACGAAGCAAUUACUUUCUUUCUAUGCCAUAUCGCUACUCUGUUCCACUCAUGAUCACAUCGGCAAUUCUCCACUGGUUAAUUUCGCAAAGCUUUUUUGUGGUAGCGGUUGAAUAUUACUCCAAUGAUGGGCCUCGAAAUCAUUAUUAUCUGGAUUAA